AGUGUAGACGUUUGGGCUCAGGCUGGUUCCUGUGCUCAAAUGUUUAGUCUGCAGUUAAAUAUCCUCUUAGCCCAAGUCAGCGAGCACAGGCCAGCCCCGGCUGUCUAACUGCAGUGUAGACGCACCCUUAGUAACCACGUAGGCUUUUGAAUAGAGUUUCUUUUCCACAAGGCUCAUUCUUAAUCCUUCACUAUUGCAAAUGGCGAGUUAAACUUUCUGCAUGCCUUUGAAGGUGCGCUGUAAUUAGACAUUCCUAAUUAAUGGCAGUGUUAAGCAGCCAGCCUGGAUCCAGUUGCUUUAUGCUAAUCCAAACAAACAGUAGCUCAGACAAAAUGAAAAAGCCAGGACGGAUUUAGGGCAUGUCUACACCUGCCAUUUAAAGCGGAUAAAGUCCCUUUUUUGCGCAAAAACUGGGGGAGCGUCUACACUUGCCAAUGACUUUUUGUUGUGAAACUCAGAAGUUUCACCGGAGAAAGAAAACCACCUCCACGAGAGGCGCACAGCUCUUACCACAGAUGCUGAUUAGAAUCAGGGCCCCAGUGAUGUGCAAGGAAAGACACAUUCUGCCUGUUUACAGAGCUUUUAGCCUCCGGAGGAUAUCCCACAGUGCCUAGGUGACCACUCUGGCCAGCAGCCAGGUAAACAGACGUCCACCCCUCCCCCUGUAAAGCCCUGGGAACUUUGAAAUUCCCCUUCCUGUUUUCUUGGCAAGUGCUCACUUAUGAUCUGGCCAGGUGCCUGCUUCAGGGAGCAAAGGAUCCCCUGCUUGGAGCAAUGCUGAGCUACUGAAGCUGAUCAGUGUUUGAGGAGAGGGGGCUGUACAGGGACCCAGGAUGCCCCGUGAUCACGCCCCCACUUCCCACUAGACCUAUCCUCAAAAUGGAGAGAGCUGCACUGUGGGAUAGCUGCCCUCAGUGCGCUGCUCUCAACGAGGAUGGAACUGCUGCAAAUGUAAACACUCUCUGAUGCCUGUGGAAGUGAGUACACAAACCUGCGCUUUUCUUUCACCGGUUCAGUAUCACUGGUGAAACUGACAGUGCAAAAACUCUGCAAGUGUAGACAUGGCCUCAGGGAGGGAUUUCCCAGGGCUUAGCAGCACCCAACCUGCACCAAGCUCUCUGAGCGCUUUUGGAAAUCUGAUCUCAGCUGUGUGAGGGCUUUGUGCUCUUCUGAACACCUGGCCGCUAGGGAACUUCUGUGUGGUUAACAGCCCCAGCUCCUGGCAGGCCAAAGGAGAGUGAGCCCCAAAGCAGAGUCCUUCAUAGAAAACAUCUGGUGAAUUUUAGUGAAAAAGAACCAGUUAACGGCUCACUUGGGCCAGACAUAAGACUGCAGGGCAGGGCGAAGCCAGAAUCUGCACUGGAAUGACUGUCAGUUCUGUGGAGCAGGGACUGUCUCUGCUCCCCCUUUGAUCUUCAAAGACUCAGUGCUAAGACCAAGAUGCUGGAGAGGCUUCUUGUUAAGGCACUUUUUGCAGAUGACUGUGCCUUGAUGGCCCAUAGACAAGACAACCUUCAGGUCAUCGCUGGUAGAUUUUCUGAAGCAUCCCAGCUCUUUGGCUUCACCAUCAGUCACGGAAAGACCGAGGUCUUGUUCCAACCAGCACCUCGUUCCAAUGCCCUAGUGCCAGUCAUCUUCAUCCCAGGCACACAGCUGAAAAAUGGGGAUUAUUCAAGUAUUUGGGCAGCACCAUCUCGAGUGACGGUUCCCUUGAUCAGGAAAUCUCCAGAAUUAGUAAAGCCGGCCAGAUCCUUGAAUAAAAGUUCUUAACCAACACAAAAUCUGUCUCUCCACCAAACUGAAGAUCUACAGUGGUUCUAACAUCUCUCCUGUAUGGAUCUGAGACAUGGACUCUUUAUAGACGUCACAUUAAACAGAGUGAGCAAUUUCACAUGCGCUCUCUCCGCUCAAUAAUGAGUAUUCGCCGGCAGGACAGUGACUGAUAUUAAGGUCCUUGAGAGAGCAGACACAUCCAGCAUUGAGGAAAUGUUACUGAGAGCAAAACUUAGGUGGACCGGGCAUGUCAUCAGAAUGGAAGACACCGUCUCCCAAAACAGAUCUUGUAUGGGGAGCUGAGUCCGGGCAAAGGAAAGAAGAGUCAGCCGUAUAGGCGAUUCAAAGAUAAUCUGAAGAGGAGUCUCCAGUGGGCUGGCAUCAAUCCCAAAGAACUUGAGCAAAUGGCUCAGAACAGGUCUUGCUGGCUGUCUCUGACGAGAUCAGCAUGUGACAGGUUUGAGUGGGACUAAUGAAAUCGUGUCCAGGCUGCACGUGAAAGGUGCCACAGAGUUGCAUCAUCAAACGUUGCAGAUACAGACUUCCCAUGCUAUCAGCGCGGCCGCCUCUGUGCAUCAGGGUUCGGAUUGAGGACUCAUAUGCGUAGCCGUAUAUGAGAAUUGUGACAAUAUCGUCAGCGAUGGACUCCCAAAAUAUAGUGACCUAUCAGCCCCAGCCAUGGAGCAGGACCCCAUUGUGCCGGGCACUGUACAGACAGAACCUAAAGACAGUCCCAGUCCCAAGGAGCUUACAAUCUAAGUAUAAGAUAAGAGACAAUGGAUGGAUACAGACAGAAGGGGAAGUACAAAGAAAUAAUGAGACAAUACGGUAUGGAAUCGUUCUGGACGCCGGCUCCUCCCACACUGCCAUGUUCAUCUACAAGUGGCCUGCGGACAAAGAGAAUGACACUGGGAUUGUCAGCCAGCACAGCAUGUGCGACGUGGAAGGUGGCGGGAUCUCCAGCUACGCAGAGAACCCCCCGGCCGCCGGCAAGAGCCUCAAGCAGUGUCUCGACCAGGCUGUGAGCGACGUCCCCAAGGAAAGGCAUCCACUCACCCCCCUCUACCUGGGGGCCACCGCUGGCAUGAGGCUGCUGAACCUCACUGAUCCCCAGGCUUCAGACAGAGUCCUCAGCGCAGUGACCUCAACGCUGAAGUCGUACCCCUUUGACUUUCGGGGGGCAAAAAUUCUGUCGGGUGGAGACGAGGGGGUGUUUGGCUGGGUCACAGCUAACUAUCUCCUGGAGAACUUCAUCAAGUACGGCUGGAUCGGGCAGUGGUUCCGGCCAAAGAAACCCACGUUGGGGGCCAUGGAUUUGGGUGGAGCCUCUACCCAGAUCACCUUUGAAACCCAGAAGCCGAUUGAGGAUCCCCGGAAUGAGGUGACGCUGCGGCUCUAUGGGCAGACGUACAAAGUGUACACUCACAGCUUCCUGUGCUACGGCAGGGACCAGAUCCUCAGGAGGAUGCUCUCCAAGGUCAUGAAGGCUGACGGCUACAAAACAAAUGUGUCCAACCCCUGCUGGCCCAAAGGCUACCAAAGGAACUUCAAACUCCAAGAUGUCUACGACUCUCCCUGCACGGCAGCUGAGAAGCCUGACAGCUAUGAUCCUCAACGUAGCAUCGACAUGAGCGGAUCCGGGGAUACAGCCCAGUGCCGCCUGCAUGUGGACAGUCUCUUCAGCUUCACCAGCUGCAGCUUCACCAGCUGCUCCUUUGAUGGGGUUUUCCAACCCGGCCUUUCGGGAAACUUCAUUGCCUUCUCUGCCUUUUUCUACACUGUGGAUUUUAUCCAGACAGUGAUGAAGAGACGCGUGGCCUCGCCAGAUGACCUUAACACUGCUGCCGAAGCCAUCUGCAAUGCCAGCUGGACCGAGCUGCUGCUACAAGCUCCAGACCAGAAGAAGUGGUUGCAGGAUUACUGUGCGGUUGCCAACUUUGUUUAUUUGGUGAUCAGCAAGGGCUAUCACUUCGAUGAGAGCUCUUUCCCCAACAUCGCCUUCCAGAAAAAGGCUGGGGACACUUCCAUCGGCUGGGCCCUGGGCUACAUGCUGAACCUCACCAACAUGAUCCCGGCUGACGAAGCGGGCUUUCGAAAGGGCGCAAACUACAGCUCCUGGGUCGUCCUCAUCCUUCUCUUUGUGGCUGUAAUCCUGAUGGCACUGGGGACAGCGUUCUGCCUGCUCCGGUCCGGCAAGCAGCACCGCACCAUGUAGGACGGGGGCGGGAGAGGCCAAGAGACAUGGCUCCCUGGAGCUGACCUGAGCUCCACUGAUCCUGGCAGGUGGCCCAGCAUCCUACAUACUUCAGAUGUGAGCGUUUCCUGGAGGCCCCCUGUCCCUCCCUGCAGCUGUUUGUAGCCCUGAGGGAAGCUUGUCCUGUUGCCUUUCUUUUCUCCCUGAUUGGAAGCCGGAGAAGUGGACAGAAGAGGAGAACUGACACCCAGGGAGCUGCAUGAGGAGCAAAUGUAAAUGGUUUCCUAGUGCAUCCCCUUUGGUGCAUCCUGGAGCAGCAUCAGAGCCUGGACAGCCAGAUCUAGGGUGUUCUCCUUUGCCUGCUGCCAGAGGGAGACCAGACACACAGUAAACGGACAGCAGCAGCCAGCAGGCGACUGGCUCUGUGCAAAGGAAGGGAGGUUUUAUACUCACAUCCAAGGGGGUGGGGUUCGGGGUAGAGAGGGUUACUUACCUAAGCGUCUGUGGAAGGCUUUUCCCUUUAGCCCCUGUACCCGGAGCCCUGUCCUGUCCCUUCCAGGGAUUUUGUGACUUGGAGUCCUGGGUAUUAUCCAGGGACCUGCACUAUCUUCCCUGAGCAAGGGCCAAAUCACAGCCCCCAGGAAGUCUCUGGGAGUUUGGCCAUUGAUCUCAGUGGUAUUUGGCUCUCUCCCAGGGCCCGGGAAGCCCCUCCAUCUCUGUGGAGCAGUGCUGCCCACGACAGGCUCUGACAAUCCGGGUGGCUUCCACUCUUAGCACCACAACUCUGCCUUGACUCUUUUGUUUGUUUACAAUUGGCGCUGCUCCUAGCCAAUCCUUCCUGCCCAUAGGGAAGUUUUAAGACUAAGGGUGGGAGUGGAAUCUGAGUAGGUGUGUAAUUCAACAGGGGGUGCCCUGAGUAUCUUAGAGAGCAUCAUAAACCAGCCCUCUGGCAUGAUGGAGAAAAUGCUCAGGGCUCCCUCGCACAGCACUGAGACCUGAGACCUUCUUUGAGCUGCCAGCUAAGACACACCGGGCCAAGGCAUGGUGAGACCCAAACCUUCCACCCCCAGCCUAAUCAGCCUGGGGACAGGGAGGGUCUGUCUUUAAUUCCAGAUAAGAUCAAAUAGGGAUUUGUGUGUUUUAAUGCUCACAAAACAAUGUAACAAUGUAAACCCAGGGGAGGAUUUUAGAUGAAAAGGCAAAUAACCUUUGUUAAAGGGCAGCUACCCUGAGCCACCUGUAGGGUGGUGGAGACUGGAUAACACUGAGCUCUUCCAAACGUUCCUGAGGCAAAGCUCCGAGCUUGCAGCAGCGCCAGGGCCGGCGCUUCCAUUUAGGCGACCUAGGCAAUCACCUAGGGCACCGGGAUUAUUGGUGGGUGGCGUUUUGCCGGAGGGGGCGGCAGGCGGCUCCAGUGGAGCUGCCGCAGUCGUGGCUGCGGACGGUCGGGUGCUCGCGCGGCUCCGGUGGACCUCCCGCAGGCA